GGAAAUGCCAUUGGCGCUUGUUUAUAGUAUUUUUUAAAACUUCUUUCUUCUCCAAUUUCUCCAUCCAUAAUCCAUAUCUCCAUGAUAGUGUAUGAGACCCUAAAACCCAACUUCUGAGUUGUGAUUCAUCUCUCCCAAAUCCAAAGUCCAAACAGCUUGCUUAAUUAACCAUGGAGCUUAGACCCGCUGUCUUCAUCCUAACCCUACCAUUUCUAUCCACCAUUGCUCAAUCAGUCCGUUUCCAGAUUGAAUCAGGUGUGACAAAAUGCAUACACGAUGAACUCAAAAUCAAUUCUAUGACAGUCGCUGAGUACUCCGUUGUUAAUCCAAACGAAGGACAUCCCUUGCCUGAACAUCACAAGAUCAGUGUCGCGCUGUUUACAGAAAAGGAAAAGCGACUUCAUCAUGCUGAAUUAGUAGAAUCAGGACAUUUCACGUUUCAUGUUGAAGAAAAUGGGAAGCAUCUGCUUUGCUUUUUGACCGACGCUCACGAGCCGAUUCUAAACACGACUGUGGAGUUAAAUUGGAGGUCUGGGGUUGCUGCUACAGGUUGGUCUAAUGUCGCCAAGAAAGAGACUGUAGAUACGAUGGAAUUAGAGCUGAAGAAAAUGGAGGACACAAUUUCUGUGAUUAUGGAGGAGAUGUUUGACCUUCGAGACAGAGAAGAAGAUAUGCAAGAGUUAAUGAGGCAUACAAACUCGAUAAUGGGUUAUUUGGGUUUGGUUUCGUUGUUUAUUUGCUUGUCUGUGGCGGGAAUACAAGCAUUGCCACCAGAGGUUGCCAAACACCCCAUGUUGAAGCCAAAGGGUGGUGUGUGUGCCGAACACACCUCAACAAUUGUCGAGGUGUUGUUGCACCACUUUCCGUAG